AUGACAGAAGGGGCUAUUGUGGACCAUGAGAUUCUGCAUUCUAUCUCUCAGUUGUCUAUUAUGGCUAUGAUCCUAAAGUUGGAUAUGAUGAAGGCUUAUGAUAGGGUUAGUUGGCAGGUGCUCUUGUGUGUGCUUAAGAAUUUCGGGUUUGAGGUAAAAUGGGUAAAAUGGAUACAAGCAUAUAUUAGCAUGACCAGGUUUUCAGUGAAUUUGAAUGGUUCUCCAUGUGGGUUUUUUGCUUCAUCUAGAGGUCUCAAGCAAGGGGAUCCAUUGUCCCCUUUUCUAUUUAUUAUUCUGGUUGAAGAUCUUAGUAGAGCUAUCUUGGGCGCUAGGGAUAGUGGCCUCUGGAAGGGGAUUUCUAUUCCUCAUAUGGUUGCUAGUCAUUCUCAUUGUUUAUUUGUUGAUGACACGUUAUUGUUUGGUAAAGCUACUAUGGGGGAAGCUAAGGUCAUUAAUAGGAUCACUUUGGAUUACUCCUCAUUUUCUGUUCAGAAGGUCAAUCGGGCUAAGUCUAAGAUUUUCUUUCUUAAUGUUUCUCCUUUGGUGCAGUCUAGGUUGACUUAUUUGUGGGGUUUCUCUGUUGGCCAGUUCCCUUUUGUGCUAAAUGCGGUUCCAAUCUAUUUAUCUUCUAUUUUGAAGGCUCCUAAGAAAGAUGUGGUCGCUCUGCAAUCAGUUUUAAGGUCUUUUUUAUGGAAUGACAAUGUUAAUAAGAAAGACAGGAUCCCUCUGUUAGCAUGGGAUAGGGUUUGUUCUCUGAAAGAUAAGGGGGGUGCAGGGAUUAAGGAUCUUGGGUUGUCCUGGCUUAUUCAUAAUGGUCAAAAGGCUAGAAUUUGGGGGGAAGUCUGGAAUGGUUUCCCAGCAUUUUCUAGCCUUAGGGAUUGGACGCCUCUUAUGUCCCUUCUCAAAUCUUCUUGGGGUAUAUUUGUGGCUGAUUAUUUUUUUGUGGAUUCCUCGGGUCUCUUACCUGUGGCUAGAUGGAAAUCUAUUGACUUUCUUUCGAUGGACCAAGAUAUUAAAUCUGCUUUUGUUAAUGAGUUAAAGAAACGCCCAUUGCUUUUUUUUGAGGAUGAAGAUGAGCUUAUUUGGACCUAUUCAAAAUCAGGGGAAUAUUCAGUUAAGGAGGGGUACAAUUAUUUGUCUACAGGUUGUAGCGGGGAGGAUUUGCCCUUUAAGUUAUUUUGGCAUGUUGUUUGUCUUCCAAAAGUAGGAGCUUUUGCUUGGUUAGCCGUUCAGAAUAGGAUUCUAACUGGUAUGAGAUUGGAUAGGCUUGGUAUUACUGUUGUUUUUCCUUGUGUUAUGUGCGGAGGGUCUCUUGAACCAAUGCUACCUAUGACUGGGGACAUUUCUAAAGCAAGGUCUUCUUUAAUUAAUAGGACAGAGGUAGUCUGGUUGCCUCCUCCUUCUUCUAAGUAUAAAUUGAAUUUUGAUGGAGCAUCCCGUGGUAACCCUGGGAAGUCUGCCAUUGGUGUAGUGGUUUCUGAUAAUAGGGCUUGUAUUAUUAAAGGACAAUGUCAAUGUAUUUCUAGUGGGACUAAUAAUGUGGUUGAGUUAUAUGCUCUUUCUGUUGGGCUUGAUUUGCUCCUUUCUUUGCACUUUUUGGAUGUCAUUAUAGAAGACCAUUGCUACAGGGAAGCCAACAGGGUGGCGGAUAUCUUGGCAAAUAAAGCAUUAGAUGAAGAUAUCCAGUCUUUGACUGGGCCUCACAGGUAUUACACACGCAGGAGACCUGAUUUACAAGGUGAUCCUACUCAAACUAAAGAAAUACCCUUGGAAAUUAUGGGGGACAGGAAUGAUGAUGAGUCACAUAGAGAGGCUGUGAACAAUGAGGACCAAGAUGCCAGAGUUAUUAUGAGGGGUUUAGUAACAGGGCAGCAACAAGUAGCAAAUGUAUUGCAGCAGUUGACUACAGCCAUACAACAGAUCAUUGUGCCAAGGGGGCAUAAUCAGAACCAGGAGGAAAAUGGUAGUGUUGUUGGUCGCCAAGGUCAAGAGUGA